AUGGCGACUGUCAACCAGAACAUGUUCGCCGCCAAUGUCGCCUCGGAUCGACCGGGCGGAGUAUCGCUGCUGCUACUCCCGCUCAACCUGAUCGCGCAGAUUGUGUCCAAUGUUGCCGACACCGCAGAUCUCGCUCGUCUAUGCCGAACAUGUCGGGUCUUCAACUACAUGGCCCUGCCUCAGCUCUACCGCAGUCUCACGCUUACUUCAUACGACAAAAUUCGAUAUCGCGGCGAGCUACCGGAAGGCAGCGGAAGCGCAAGCCCGUUCACCAUGGGACUGAACGCCGUCAUCACCCGACCGUACGCGACACUCGUGCAAUCCAUCUGUCUGCGGGGCGAGUGGAAGGAGUCUGAUAUCGAAGAAUAUGCACAAGUCGGACGGGUCCCGGACUCUUCCAUGCUGCUGAAUGUGGCCGUGCGCGCCGCGGUGGAUCGUAUGCAAUCCCUCGAAAGCUUCAGCUGGGAGCUUAACACGAAAAUGCUCGAGACCGUGUAUGCCGGUCUCACGGGGCUGCCGCACUUGACCUCCCUGACGAUUCGUUUCCCCUCCACGCGACAUCCACAACCGGCCUUUGCGUUGCCGGGCAUGCCCAAUCUGCGCCGUUUGAAGAUCACCGACAUUGACCCGCUCUGCUAUCCCGAUGACAUUUCCACCAUUCUCCUCAAAAGUCGACAGUUGCGAGAUUUACGGUUGCAUUGGUCCCCUCGCAUGCGACGCGCGCAAGAGCCCAGUGUCUCCCUGCACGACUACUUCAGGAAAUGUAUCGCGGCGAAGCAGCCGUUGGCUGUCACCAAGCUCUCGUUCCAGAAUCUGUAUGCAUUUCACAGCGAGGAAUUCAAUCUUAGCUUCAACCCGACCACCAUGGAAGAUGUCACAUUCCUGAGCGGGUCGGAUACGGUCGGCCUCAUGAACACGUUCAUGGACAACAGCUGGCCGAACGUCAUACCGCAUCGAGAACUCAAGAUCAAGUCCAUGCGACUGGAUACGAUAGCCAAGCGCAAUGCCGAUUUCCUAGGCAGCUUUAAGGGUCUCGAAAAGCUAUACAUGGUCAAUACGUACGACAAUUCGUGCGACAGUCUGAACUCUCCCCGUCCAGGCGGCUCCGCCGAUUUCACGCCGACAAUCCCUCAGUCGCCCGUUGGAAAUGGAACCACGGCCAGUUCCCCCGUGGCCGCAGUGUCUCCUGCCCACCCGUCUGGCAUCGCUCUCAGUGUGCGUGACACUUAUCUGGCCAACAUCACCUUGAAUCAUGGCGCGACGCUGCGACACCUGCUUCUUUGCGCCAAAUGGCCUCUUUCCACUUCCAUCAUUGCGCGUCUGGUCCACAGUUGUCCGAACCUUGAGCAACUGGCUCUCGCGACAGAUGUAUCCUCUUUAGACUCUCUCAGUAUGCUGGUGCCAUUCCUGCGGAAGCUGGUUGCCCUUCGCCUUUUGAUACCCCCGGGGUCUCCGCACCCCUCUUCGAGUACCGCACUCGCUGUCAACCCUGCAACAGUCGCGGCAGGUUUGCCUGGAGGAGGAGACGGAUGGAGUCCCAAGUCUCCCUCACAUAUCACCGCUAGCCCGCAAUUUCUGGAGAACUUGCGUCUAUAUCAGCUACCAAAAGCAGUUGAAAACGUCAUCGCCACUGCAAGAAGCCUCGCAGACAUUGUCAAUCUGGACGACGAGUACCUGAUGAAUAUCAUGAGCCGUGACAUGGCCGAUCAACAAAACUUUGGCAAUCUCAGGAUCGUCGGCAUGGGAUGGAAAGCCUUCGAACUGCGCGGACAUUACAAAGUCUAUGUGCCCACACCCGAGCCAUCUGGAGACAACACGCCGGCUGCCCCUGCAGAUACCGCCGCUCCGGAGGUCGGAGUUCAGAAGCGACCCGUUUCUUCGCAACCGAUCACUGGAGUCAAUGGCCAGAAUGAUACGGCCUCGACGCCUCUCCAUCGGUCUGCUUCCAUGCCAUCCAGCCGUGCAAACGGGGCCCCCCCAAGACCCUCCACCACCGUGCCCCCCUCACUACUCGGCAAGCGAUCCCGCGAAGACAGCCAACCCAGCCAACAUAGCCAACAUCUACCGCCUCCAGCGGCCACGCUUUCCCAUGAACCACGCACGAACCCUGACUCCCCGGAUCCGCCGGGGUACGGCCAUUUCCCCCCAUCUUCAAGCCUGACGGAUUUGUGUACCGUCGGCACGUCAAACGAGUGGGUUGGGAUGUUUUGCAGAAGUGGGAGAUUUGGAAGCUCGAUGCUCAAGAGAUUUGAGUUUUGA